AUGUCGUCGAAAGGGAUCAAGUUUGAUGCGCGGCCAACCCUUCCUGCCAGACCCUCCAUGGGUGUUGUGAUGGAUGACAUCGAAAAAACAUGCAUUAGUGACGUUUUAUUCGACUAUAUUCAACAAAAUUGCCAAAUCGAUAAAUCAACGGAGGCGAUCCUUGAAAAAGUGAAAAACAAAACCGAAGCGGCCCGAGUCCGAGAGGAGCUGAGACAGACGUCGUUGGAAGCCGCUGAGUUCAGCAAAGCAAUUAUCAAAAAUCUUCCUGCUUCGUUGAAGACUAACUUAAAUUGA